AUGUGAGGAGGGUGGGGUCACUUAGUGAUGCCACCUCAACACUUGUCCCCCUCAUGAGAAUGUUCUGGAAGCGCCCCUGCAGCACACACCUCCAAGCACGCAGUCAAAAACCACACCCACCCACCGUCCCUCCCUCUUUGCUCCAGUCCGUGCUUCGCCUUUUUUUCCACAUCCAUGCAUCCACGCAGCCCUGCUCCUGUCCUCGCGCCAACUCGUUUGCUGCUUCCAGAGUUCAUCAGAUCAAACCGAGGAGGUCUGCAGCCACUGUAAUAGAAACAGUUGGUGGUUCACGUGAGAACGUUGGUCUAGUCUGUCCGAUCAGCCUCCCGUCUGACAGUCGGCAUAAACACUGAAGCCGCAACAAAGUUCCUGCAAAUUGUCAGUCGUCCCGAGUGAUCAAAAGGAGAGGCAGACUGAGGAGGAGUCAUGUUUAUCAUCCUAGCCUUCAUCAUCCUCUUUCAUUUAGCUGGAGCCAUCUUACUCUUCGUUUCCACCAUUCACAAUGCAUGGUGGGUGGUGUCUCCAGCCGGGCGGGAAGUCAUCUACGUCGACUUGUGGUACUCCUGCAACUCCACCUGCUACCCCGUGGAGAACAGCCACACUGUGGAAGCAGGUGAGUGUGACGUUACGUUCAAGACGCACGUUUUUUUUUUGUUUUUUUGUUCAAACCGCCUCGUUCUCCUGUGCUCCGCAGCGUACCUGCAGGCGGUGCAGGCCACUAUGAUCCUGUCCACAAUCCUGUGCUGCAUCAGCUUCUUCACCUUCAUCCUGCAGCUCUUCAGGAUCAAGCAGGGAGAGAGGUUCAUUUUCACGGCCAUCAUCGAGCUGCUGGCUUCUCUAUGUGUGAUGAUCGCAGCGUCCAUCUACACCGCUCAGAACAAGAGCUUUCACGUGACCAGUCUCCACCAAGGCUCCUAUGGCUCCUCCUACAUCCUGGCGUGGGUCAGCUUCCCCAUGACCUUCUUUAGCGGCCUCAUGUACCUGGUCCUCAGAAAACGAAAAUGAUGUGAGGGGCAGAAAACAUGGAGCAAAUGUCAACUUACAGCUAUGAAUUUUAACCGUGCAGAAUUCCUUUUUAGCUGAAGAAUUUCAGAUUGCAGGCUCUAAACUGGACAAAAGUAUGUAAAAGAGCGUCAUGUUAGAACAGCCCGUUGUAUUCAGUUUGAUUUGUGGUCUGAAAGUGUGCUUGAUUGUGACACAAAUCCUCAAUUUACCAAUUCUCUCAUGUACAAAUGUGCUAUGUAUAUAAAACUAUAUGUGUAUGUAUUCAGGUCAGUUUAGACAUUGUUAGUGGAAAAAUAUACAUAAAGUUUUCACAAAAAAAGUGUUUUAGCUCACAGGAGUUUGUAGUUCUUUAGAGGAUUUUGACUUUUAUUUUCUUCUAUUAAUGACUGUUAUAAAGGGUUAAAAUGUGCUGUGAUGUUUGGGAUUUAAAAUGAUAAAAGAAACAACAUGAAAACUUGAAAAAGGAAUGAAGAUGUGUGGG